UGGACUUCAUAGAAGAAUUUAGGGAAAAGCUCCUUCCUUCAGAGAAGAAAAAUGUCUACCUUUCUUGUUUGCUUUGUUUUCUGGUGGGUUUUAAAAGUCAAAUUUUCUCGAGCAAAGAAAACAGGAAAAUAGUCUGGCUGAUAGUGGUGUUGGUGACGUUACAAUUGAGGAAAAAGAUGGUAGGUGUGGCUCCAAAUAGCAACACAAAAGAGGAGAAGAUGAAGAAAAUAUUCGACAAGUUCGACACUAACAAAGAUGAACAUCUAGACAUGAUGGAACUGUCAGCAUGGAUCAUGGCCGUUCAACCUACAUUAAAUGACGAUUUGCUAAGGGUUCCAUCUUUACUUUCACUAUACUUUGCUAAUUACCGCUCUUUCUUAGUUGCUUCUAAAGGCUUAAGCUCUACUGGCUUCACUCGUAUUUACCUGGACGGUCUUCGUAACGUUGAUAAUGACUUCAAUACCCUUGACUUUGAAAAAACUGAUAUUGGAUCAUCAAGUUCAGUGGAAUCACAGCCCAUUAAUGCUCCAAAUCAGCCCAUUAAUUCCCCAAUUCAGCCCAUGAAUGCUCCAGUUCAGCCCAUAAAUGCCCCAAUUCAGCACAUGAAUGCUCCAAUUCAGCCCAUGAAUGCUCCAGUUCAGCCCAUUAAUGUUCCAAUUCAGCAGGUGGCAUCAUUACAAGCAGAGCCAACAGUAGGACAGCGAUAUGCAGUGGCAAAUGCACUUCAAAGUGCUUCACAACAACAGCUACACAGAUUACAACAACUACAACAACUACGACAACAACAACUUGCAAGUCUACCGGCAACUAAUUACUCAAAUAAUCCUACUUUUUCAAACAAUAACCUCAUCAACAGCAUGCAUACUGCUGGGCAGGUGAAUAAUUACAGAAACACAACGCAACAACUGGGUGGAGGAAUCAGCUCAGCUGGGCAGGGAGGAUGGAUCAGCUCACCGGCGCAGGUGAAUAGUUACGGAAACUCAGCGCAACAAGCGGGAAGAGGGAUCAGCUCUUCUGCACAGGUGAAUGGCUACGGAAACUCAGCGCAACAAGUGAAUGCUGUAGAAGGCGCUACGCCAAAAGCAAAGUACAACGGACCUCAUCCUCAAUUGGCUGCUAAGCUUGAAAAGGAAAUAUUGGAUACAGAUCCAGGGGUGAAAUGGGAUGAUGUUUCCGGACUAAGUGAAGCAAAGAAGAUUCUACAGGAAGCAAUGGUACUCCCACCGUUGUUUCCUGAGUAUUUCCAGGGAAUCAGGAGACCUUGGAGAGGAGUUCUUAUGUUUGGCCCUCCUGGCACGGGGAAAACACUCUUGGCCAAAGCUGUUGCUACAGAGUGUGGGACAACAUUUAUGAAUAUUUCUAGUACUUCGUUGUUGUCAAAAUGGUACGGGGAGAGUACACAAUUGGUACGGUGCUUGUUUGAUGUUGCCCGUGCUCAUGCUCCAACUACAAUUUUCAUUGAUGAGGUUGAUUCUCUUUGCAAUGCCAGAGGGUCUGCAACAGAGCAUGAAGCAUCCCGAAGGGUGAAGUCUGAACUUCUAGUUCAGAUCGAUGGAUUAAGCAAUUCUAAUAAUACAUCAGGUAAACAGGUGACACUUUUGGCAGCAACAAACUUCCCCGAGAGUCUUGACGAGGCACUAAGGAGGCGGCUAGAAAAGCGGAUUUACAUCCCUCUUCCUGAUUUUACGAGCCGUAAGGAGCUUAUAAAGAUAAACUUAAAAUCAAUCACGUUAGCUCCUGGGCUGAAUAUUGACCAAGUGGCACGAAGAACAGAAGGUUACAGUGGAGACGAUCUAACAAACAUCUGCAGGGAUGCUUCUUUUAAUGGCAUGAGAGGAAUGAUAGCAGGGAAAACCACAGAUGAGAUAAAGAAAAUAUCCAAGGCUGAUAUUCUGAAAAUUCCAGUUACGAUGGAUGACUUCCUAGAAGCUUUAGAUAAGAUACAGCCCUCAGUUUCUGCAGGGGACAUUCAACGACAUGAGAAAUGGAAUUCAGAGUUUGGAUCAACAUAGAAGAUCAAGUAAAUGCAAGUUUAGAAGUGCUGUUUUUUUUUUUUUUUUGUUUCUUCGCAUUGUAAAUUGACUUUUGUGGACAAACGAUGUUAUAGGGUCCUCCAAUUAUUUCAAAUGACGCACUGUGCGCGAACAUUUAUGUUAGAUGAUCUUCGGCUUGUAAUAUUGGUGAUACUGUUACUAGUGCCAAUGCUAUAUGGGUCUAGUAUAUUGUAAGUGAACAAUCUGUGUGCGAA